UAAUUUUCGUGGUCAAUCGUAAACCUGACAUCUGGCGAUACCAUGUUAGAUCACAAGAGGGUGUUUUCCGUAUUUUCAGUUGAUGUACGGGAUUAUCGUAAACUAAGUUGGGAUCAUUUGGAAGACGAUUAUUACAAGUUGCAGUGUAUAAUAAUAAUUAAUAUAUUUCUCUCGAAAGGUUUAUAAUAUACACAUCAUCAGGUUUGGCCUCUUGUCCUUGUAAGCUUAAUUUUUCUCAAUUUUUACGAACCUAACCUCGAAAUGGAUGACAGCUCGCUAGAUGAAGGCCCGUCAGUAGAUUUUGGACGUGCGACUUUAGAAAUUGCAAAAGAAAAUGAAGCUUCUCACCAAAGUCAAGGAGAGUUUUCCUCCAGUAAUACUGCUCCAGAAAUUACAAGUACCAAUAAUGUGCAUGGAGCAGUGCCAACACCAAAAAAUGUCACCACUCUUCCAUUCAAGCGUCUUGAUGCCCACACUUUUUUCUCAGAUAGAAAUGAUGUUGUGGAAAGAGCUAUUAAAGAUUGCACAAAUACUCUGACCAAAGAUGUAGAUGGAGAAAUCAUUGGCUGCUGGCUUCUGACACAGAUCAGUCUCUGGGAUACAGAAAAAGAAAGGCUUGUCUUAUUGACACAGAAUGCACUUUUUUCAGUUAAAUAUGACUUCAUAUCACUUAAGACAUUGGAAUUUAGUAGAGUACCUUUGUCAGAGAUCGAUACCGUUGUGAACGGAGAACUUGUUUACCCACCAACAUCACUUGUACCGCGAUUAAAUGGGUUAGCAGAAGGUGUAUCGUCUAUCUUUCAUAACGCUGUUCGCCAACAGUGGUCAUCCUUCGCUGCACGGUCCAGUUUUGGGGAAUUCGAGUCUAGAGGACGAAAUAUGGUUGGGUUACAACUUAUGUGGAAUAAAGGAAAGCCUUUACCUUUAGAAAAGAAAUGGAACCCAUUCGUUAAAAAUAUUCCAUGGCUUACAUUCGCCAGCCAUCCGUUAUUCUGGCAUAAGGGUACAGAUCUAGAAAAAAUGAAGUUUGAUGUGGAGGGAUUGCAUGCGUCACUAGUCAGUCUAAUAGGAGAACAUUGUGAUGUUGUUUCUAAUUCAAUUGUACUAGAAAAUUAUUUAGGACUAGGAGCCCUGUUGCAUAAUAGAAAUGCUCUAGGGUUUUUCAAAAUUCGUGGAAAAGUUAGUUUUUAAGCGUAUCAAAGUUUUUAGGCAUGUAAAAAAUAUAUUUUUUUUUCCAUUCAAUAUAUCGAUUAUAUUUUAGAUAGAUAUGCAAAUGCGUAAU